AGGCAUCAGUACAUUGUGGCUUGAGUAAAUGGAAAGAUCAAGUGAGCAACUCAGUGGUCUAAAAACUAAUUUAAUAUUUGACAAAAAACUUUGGAAAAACAUAGGAGCUUAAAAAGAAACAAGCAAGAAAAAUACCUACCAAAAAAAAUUUAAAUUCCAAAUUAUUGUGAUACAAAAAUUGUGAUCAAACCAAAUAAAAUAAUAAAAAGAAUUUCAAAUUAAAAUUUAUUCCAAAAGAUCUAAAAUCUUCUUUUGUGCUUUAAUUAUCCCACCUUAAACAAAUACAAAUAAAAACUUCAAAAUGCCUGAACUCAUCGAAACACCUAAACAAAUUUCUGCCUCCUGUCUUCAUCAACAAGGCAAGUACAAACAAACCAACUUUGGUUUGUACAGCCAUAUUCGGGGUACUAACGUAUCAUACGGUGAUGUAAAUAGCUUGACUCCGGCUGUUAAGGCCUUUGUCGAAGAAUCUGUGGCCCUCUGCCAACCCGAUCAAGUGCAUAUUUGCGAUGGAUCUGAAACUGAAAAUAAACUACUAUUGAAGCUUAUGCUUGAAGUUGGUACUAUAAUUCCAUUGCCAAAAUACGAGAAUUGUUGGUUGGCACGCACCAAUCCAGCUGAUGUGGCACGCGUUGAAUCACGUACAUUCAUCUGCACUGAAACUAAGGAAGAGACCAUACCAACACCUAAAGAAGGUGUUAAGGGUACUUUGGGCAAUUGGAUAUCACCAGCUGAUAUGGACAAAGCUAUAAAUGAACGUUUUCCUGGUUGCAUGAAGGGGCGUACUAUGUAUGUAGUACCAUUCAGCAUGGGUCCAGUUGGCUCACCACUUUCAAAAAUCGGUAUUGAGGUUACAGAUUCUGCUUACGUAGUCGCUUCGAUGCGAAUUAUGACUAGAAUGGGUGCAGCUGUAUUAGCGGAACUACAAAAACAAGGAGAUUUCGUCAGAGCUAUGCAUUCGGUUGGUACACCAGCAAAUGGUGUUGUUGAACGCACUGCUUGGCCAUGUGAUCCUGAACGCACUAUAAUAUUACACAAACCCGAUGCUAACUUAAUUGUUUCCUAUGGCUCAGGCUAUGGUGGCAACUCACUGUUAGGAAAGAAAUGUUUUGCUUUACGUAUUGGUAGCACUAUCGCAAAACGUGAAGGCUGGUUAGCUGAACACAUGUUGAUCUUGGGUGUCACAAAUCCAAAAGGCGUUAAAACGUAUCUUACAGCUGCUUUUCCUUCAGCGUGUGGCAAGACUAACUUGGCUAUGCUAAAUCCUUCAUUACCCGGUUUUAAAGUUGAAUGUGUUGGUGAUGAUAUUGCUUGGAUGAAGUUCGAUGCUAAUGGUGACUUACGUGCUAUUAAUCCAGAAAAUGGUUUCUUUGGUGUUGCUCCAGGCACAUCUGUGGAAACCAAUCCAAUUGCCAUGAAAACUGUAUUUAAGAACACUAUUUUCACAAAUGUUGCAUAUACAUCAGACGGUGGAGUCUAUUGGGAAGGUAUGGAAAGCAGCUUAGCCGAUGGAGUUGAAAUCACUGAUUGGUUGGGCAAUCCUUGGAAUAAAUCAAGUGGAAAACCUGCUGCACAUCCGAAUUCUCGUUUUUGCACACCUGCAGCACAAUGCCCAAUUAUCGAUCCAGCCUGGGAAGAUCCAGCUGGUGUACCAAUUAGUGCCAUAUUGUUUGGUGGUCGUCGUCCCGCUGGAGUACCACUCAUCUAUGAGGCACGAAACUGGGCACAUGGCGUCUUUAUGGGUGCAGCUAUGCGCAGCGAAUCUACUGCCGCAGCAGAAUACAAAGGAAAAAUAAUAAUGCAUGAUCCAUUUGCUAUGCGUCCAUUCUUUGGCUAUAAUUUUGGUCAUUAUGUGCAGCAUUGGUUGAGCAUGGAAAGCCACGGUAAAAACUUGCCAAAAAUCUUCCACGUCAAUUGGUUCCGCAAAGGUGCUGAUGGCAAAUUUAUGUGGCCUGGAUAUGGUGAAAACUCACGAGUCAUCGACUGGAUACUACGACGUGUUAACAAUGAAGAUUGCUUCUUAGAUACCGCUGUUGGUCGUAUACCAGCACAAAAUGAACUACACUUGGAAGGCAUGAAAGACCAAGUUGACUUGACUGAAAUAUUCUCACUGCCCAAAGACUUUUGGCUUAAAGAAACAGAAGAUAUAAAGAACUAUUUUGAUUCUCAGAUUGGUAAGGAUUUGCCAAAGGAAAUAUAUUUAGAACUGAAAAUGUUACAAGAGAGAAUUGAGAACGAAUUGUAAGAAUUUGAUGAAACAUAAGAACUAACUUCAGA